AGAGCAGACCUUGUGCCAAUGCGCUCAAUUAGGUUUUAGAGACUUUGCGGUUAUAAGAUUACUCAAAUUUGACUAGUAUAAGACUUGAUUAUCAACUUACUACAAUUUUUGAUAUCCUAAAAAAUGCAGAAGAGCCUUUUGACAUUCUUUACGCGUUCCCCUAAACCUUUAUCUGAAAAUUCAAACAAAAUGUGUCCAGAAUCCUCAAAAAACACAAACUCUCCAGUUGUAUGCCUGAGACCACCCACUGGACACGAUGAUGAAAUUAUGUCCAGCCCCACGACUUCGUCCGUUAGCAAAAGACGACGGGUUAUCAUCGAGUCCAGUGAUGAUGAAGAUGAGGCCCCUGCUCUUACAAAAGAGAAGGCAGAAGCGGUAAAUAAACAUGAUGUAAGUGAUGUUACUGACCUGUUAUUUUAGUUACAGUUGUCAAAGUAUUCCUUCUCCCCGCAACCGGUCAGACAAAAUGGCAAAAAGAUAAACGAGGCGGCAGACGAAUCUUCUCUAGAAAUGAGUGUAGUCACGCAGGUCAAUGAGGCAUUUGAAGAUGAAACUGUUUCGUGGACUCACUUAAGCCUUCCAUUUUUGGAACCCUCUAAAAUCAAAGAUAUCAACGGUCGAAGGCCCGACCAUCCAGAAUAUGACUCACACACAUUAUAUGUCCCAGAGGAGUUUAAGACUAAACAAACUCCUGGCAUGCGGCAGUGGUGGGAAUUAAAGUCGCGAUACACCGACGUAAUUCUGUUUUUUAAGGUUGGAAAGUUUUAUGAAAUGUACCACAUGGAUGCUAUGAUUGGCGUAAAGGAGCUUGGUUUGGUGUUUAUGAAGGGGAACUUUGCACACUGUGGAUUUCCUGAAGUGGCUUUUCCUCGUAUGGCUGAUCAGCUUGUCCGUAAAGGUUAUAAGAUUGCUCGCAUUGAACAAACGGAAUCAAUUGAUGCUAUGAAUGAACGAUGCAAACGAAAAUCUUCAAGCGAGAAGGUUGUGCGAAGAGAAGUAUGUCAACUUAUAACACCGGGUACUUGCACAGCCAGUACGAGGUCAGAGAUAUCUGAUGUAAAGGCUGUGGAAACUGGUGAUGUUGAAAACGAUGACGAAAGCUUUAGGGAUUUGAUAAACUUAGCCAAUCCUGAUUCAUUUUUACUUGCUGUUGUAGAAUCGCACGGUAAUAAAAGUUACCCUUUUGCUUUCGGAAUAGGUUUAUUGAAUGCAUCCACUGGCAAAAUCAAUAUUGGUCAGUUUUUAGAUGAUCGUCACUGUUCUCGAUUACGUACAUUUUUAUCCCACCAUCCUCCUAACCAGUUACUAAUCGAGCGUGGAACUGCAGGAGUAGCUAUAAAAUCCUUGAUAAAAACAUCUCUUUCAUGUGUUCCAACUGAGUUCCUAACGCCAACGAAACAGUUUUGGAGUGCAAAGAACACUGUCCAAGAGUUGGAGACAGCUGAUUAUUUCCCAAAACGGAUGUCCAACAUCACCGUUGAUUCGAACCAUGUCUCCAAAGUAUCUUCGUUCCCUGACAAGGAAAGUUGGCCAGAUGUUCUCUUAAAUAUGUUAUCCGAAGAUGAUCCACUAGGACGUACUGUAAAGUCAGAGUGGGAACUAGCAUUUCGGUGUCUUGGUGCACUUAUUUACUACUUACGUUACUGUUUGAUUGAUCGUGAAGUACUAUCACUGGGUUUCAUUGAUGUAUACGUACCAAUAGAUAUGAAGAAUACUAACUCUCAAAGAAGUCCUGGGUCUAUUGAAUUAUUUUAUGAUACACAGUCUCAGAUGGUUUUGGACAGUAUUACAUUAUCUAAUUUGGAUAUCAUACGAAACAAUGUAGAUGGUUCUCAAGAAGGUUCUUUGCUGCAACGUCUCAAUACUUGUUGUACCUUCUUUGGACGUCGUUUGUUGCGUCAGUGGAUAACUGCUCCACCAUGCAACCCAAAUGUUAUUAGACAAAGACAACUGGCAAUUGAAAAUCUUAUUUCUAUCAGUGAUAUAAUUCCUAAACUUCGAGACAAAUUAGCUCAGUUGCCUGAUUUAGAGCGUCUUAUUACAAAAAUUCAUUUAUUGGGUUCUAAAGGUGAUAAAAACCAUCCAGAUAGUAGGGCAAUCAUAUUUGAAGAAGUUCAAUAUUCAAGAAAAAAUAUUACUGAUUUUGUGGCUACUUUAGAUGGUUUCGAAUUGAGCUAUAAAAUAAUGCAUGAAAUCAACCAUUAUUCAUUAAGCUCCGCAUAUUUGAAAAAAUUAGUAACUUUAACUAGCCUGAGCGGCAACUUUCCUGAUAUCAGUGAGAAAAUAAAUUAUUUCAAAAAUGCUUUCGAUGCUGAAAAAGCUAAAAAUGAAGGUCGGAUCAUUCCAGAACCUGGUAUAGAUCCUGAAUAUGAUGAGUCUGUGUCGGAAAUCAAAAGGAUUGUUGAGGAUAUGGACAGGUUUUUAUUAAAAUGGAGCAAAACAUUCGGUACACGGCUUGCAUAUUGGGGAACCGGUCGCAAUCGUUAUCAGAUUGAAAUCCCAGAAUCUUUAGCAUCUCGUGUUCCCAACUCAUGGCAGUUAUCUUCACAGCGAAAAGGUGUCAAACGUUAUACUUGUUCAGAGACCCAACAAUGGCUAAGCGAGUUAACUGCUGCUGAGGAACGAAAGGACGCUAGUCUACGGUCGAUAAUGCAACAUAUAUUUUCAUCGUUUAGUGAAUCAUUUACCGAGUGGCAUAUGGCUAUGUCUUGUUUAGCUGAAUUAGACUGUCUAAUUGCUUUAUCUUCGUACAGUACAAAUGCCUCUGAUGUGAUGUGUCUUCCAGAAUUUAUUGAUCUAAAUUCAUCUACUAAACCAUUACUGGAAAUAGUUGAUGGAAUUCAUCCUUGUCUAAUAAAUACAUUUUCGGGUGGAGAUAUUAUUCCAAAUGAUAUAAAACUUGGUACAACAUCAUCGAUGAUAUAUUCACCAACACAUCAUACGUUACGUGAUACGUUUAACAAUGUUUCUGUUAUUCUUGUUACUGGUCCUAAUAUGGGUGGAAAAUCAACUUUGAUGAGACAAGCUGCUUUAUUAGUUAUACUAGCACAUUUAGGUUGUCGCAUUCCGGCCAAGUCAUGCAAACUAACUCCUGUGGAUCGGAUAUUUUCACGCCUUGGUGCAAGUGACAGAAUGCUUUCAGGUGAAAGUACGUUUUUGGUGGAGUUAUCAGAGACAGCAUCUAUUUUACAUCAUAUCACUCCUCAUAGUCUUGUUUUGAUGGAUGAAUUAGGUCGUGGAACUUCCACUCACGACGGAUCAGCCCUAGCAGGUGCAGUUGUUUCUUACUUAGCUAAACCAAAUGGAAGAUUUUUCGAUGGCUGUGGCCCUAGGACUCUGUUUUCAACGCACUAUCACAGCUUGGUAGAUCAAGUUGCUAACACAGACCCAUCUACUUCCGAUGAAGAUAUGAACCAUCUAUGCAUUGGCCUGGGUCACAUGUCUUGUAUGGUUGAAGCAGAAUCAGAGUCAACGAAUGAUUUAGAAAAUAUUACAUUUUUGUAUAAAUUUAUUCCUGGUGCAUGUCCAAAAAGUUAUGGCUUCAAUGCAGCUCGUUUAGCUAUGCUACCUGAUAAGGUUAUCCGACUUGGUUUAACCAAGGCGAAGGAGUUCGAAAAAACCACUGCAACAUUUGCAUGUCUGAGGACAUUAUUGCAAGGGCAGGUUACAGUGGAGGACCUAAGACAGUGGAGUUCUAAAUUAAAAACAUUUUUAUAACAUAAAAACAAUACCUUGAAAAUCAUAUUCAUUCAACUUUUAAAUGGCACGUCUUAGAUUUUAUUACCAAUACAUAUCUACUUCCCACUUUCCCUCAUUAAAUAAUCCAUAUUUUUUAAGAAAACUGGAUUUCUUACACACCUAGUGGUUUGAGUGUAAAUAUGGUGGGAGAAAAAAUGAUCUGUGUAGACAUUUUAAUGGAUUAUGAUUUAGAGGAAAUUCCUAUGUUAUAAUAGGUAUCAAUAGUUUAUUUUUAAAAAACCGUAUACAGAACUUUUGGCUACUGCAAAUUAUUAUGAGACCACCUCAGCAUAUCUCUACGUGUUCUGAAUUUGAAAAAUUGGUUUCUGUAUAAGCAGACAAUGAUUGUUGAACCAUGCUAUCAUGCCAGUUGUAUCACGUUGUUACAUUUCAGACGACCUACUAAAUACAGUGUGAUUCACUAAUACUUAACCAACAGUAAAACAGAAAUUUGCAAUCAUCUUAGUUUUAUGCAUUUUGUAUGCAUAUGAAAAUCUGAUACAUAUCAACUAUUAGUAACUCCAUUGUUCUAUUCAACAAAAACUAGGAAAAAAACAACUUUUGAGCACAUCGAGGAAAAACUUCGUUUUGUCAAAUCUGAUUUACCCUUGCAUCCGGUUUGAGAGUGAAAUGAUUAUCCACCACAGAUCAGUAUCCAGUAGAAACUUUGAACAUAUCAUUCACUAAAUCAUUUUUCUUUUUUCAUGUAUGCUGUUGCGAAAUGUAGCAACCACGAGACAAUUUUUCGUUUCUUUGCCUACUAUCAAUUUUUCUGUGUAUCUGGUACUUUUCAAUUAGUGUGAACGUUAGACUGUUUUAGUAUAUUUCGAAGGGGAAGUUUCUAAUAGGUUUUUUGAUGAUGAUGAUGAUAAUAAUAAUAAUAAUAAUAGUAAUAAUGAUACUAUCAAUAAUUGCUUACCCAGAUGAACACAUUAUACCAUAAUGAUCCUCAACUAAACAUGCACACCUCUUUGGAAUGUUGCAGACAUUCGCUUCCAUCUACACCAAUACUCUUUGUUGUCCCAACAAAUUUAAAUAAUCUGGUCUCUCUUGGGCGAUCUUUACGAUGCUAAAACUAGCGAUAACAUUAAAAUUCAUGUUUGGAUCAGUCUUUAGUUCUUUAAUUCUGGUUUUUUUUUAUCGAAACUAAUUGUACAUGUAUGCGCAUUCACACUAACAUUAUAUAAAAGAUUCGGGUGAAUACAAAUGAAUUUUACAACACUAUGCAAUACUUCCUGAAAACUAUUCUCCACCGUUGCUAAAACAGAUUUUAUUAGUCAUGCGAAUUUCAAUUUACAAUCUAUGUAGUUG